AUGUCAGCCACACCCCGAAACCCUGCCCGCGGACGCCGUCUGGACGACGCCCUCUCACAGCUAGUCGACGGUCUAACCCCCGCGCUCCCCAUCUCCGCCAUCCAAGACACAGAGUACUCCGACGAAGAAGAAGCGAUCGCGUCAGCAGAGAACCGCCGACACCAUGUCCUCAUGGAGCGCGCCUGGCGCAUUCUGGAUACACACCCGAGCACCAAUGCUCCAGAUCCCGGGUCACCAGCGGGGCUUGGUGGGCGCCGAGGAAGCAUUGCCGGGGCAGAGAGCAUCAACAACGCGCCGGAUCUGAUCAAGCGCAAGCUGCGCCGGGAAAAUGCGAGUCCUGACAAGGCGGUGCGGUUUUCGAAUCUAUAUUCACGCCUUCUGACACAGCCUGUGCUUUCCCAGAAAUGGGGUAUCCUCUUUUUGCUCUACAAAUUAUCUGCCUCGGAGGAUGCGGUCGAAGGCGGAGAGAGGAGCCGCAGUCCGCUGAUGGAUGAGGCGCAUCUACAAAAUUUGUUGACAAAGGGCGGCACACGUCCGAGACGGGGCACAAUGGUAGACUCGGAGGAUGAGGGUCCGGCUAUUAGCUCGUCAGCAUCUCAACAGCGCGUUCCUGUAGCCCCCAGGAUGGAACGGCAGAGCUCGCUACGACAUGGUGUUGACCGUCACGACGUUGACAAUAAUCAAGUGGACCAUAUGGAGAGACCGACUGGCCAUGUCGAUGCUGGAGCGAACAACCUUUCAAGCAAUGAGCAUAUUCGCCCUCCGUCACCUCCUCGGCCAUCAACUGCUGGUCGAAGUAAAUCACCUCCUCCUACUCCUACCGAACAUAAACUUCUACGUGACCUGCCAUUCAACCUGCAAGGGUUGUCUUCAUCCAACCUUCAAUUCAAUUCGCCGUCGAGCUUGAAACUACCUUCAAAUCUACCUGCGCCGAUUGUGUCACUCCUGUACUCAUUGGCAGAACCUUGUUUGCUAUAUAAAGGGCUGUCUGUGUUUGUGGAGAAUGAGGAAGGCGGAUUGGUGAAUCAGAGCUUGCGAGCUGCCAUUGCCAUUGAGCUGCGCGCAUAUCUCAGCCUAGUGGCCACGUUAGAAGCGGAGAUUCGACAGGCUCUGGCCGCCAUUGGAGAUGGAACCGAACCCCAAGGAGUACGAAAGGGGGGUGUUACCCUCAAAAGAUGUAUGGUAUGGACGAGAGAUGCGACGAUGGCUCUUCGACUAAUGAGUCUGAUUGUGGAAGAGGCUCAAAGUAAAAAGGGCGGCCAACUCAUCUCCUUAAUACACGGCUUUUCGACCUCUCACGGAGAUCCCUUCGUUUGUGCCUUCGCCGAGAAGCUUCUCGCGCAUGUUACUCGCCCAUUUUACGAUAUGCUACGACUAUGGAUCUAUGAUGGUGAAUUAUCAGAUCCAUAUAAAGAAUUCUUCGUUGCAGAGCCAGGGUUCAGACCGAACAGUGACCCACGCCGAAUUGCAACAAGCGUCUGGGAAGACAAAUAUAAACUUGAUGAUGACAUGGUGCCUUCUAUCAUCACCCAAGAAUUCGCAAAGAAGAUUUUCCUCAUUGGAAAGUCGUUGAACUUCAUUCGAUAUGGCUGUGGCGAUUCUGCGUGGGUGGAGGCAUAUUCUACAGAAGCCUCCAAAGAGCUACGAUAUGGUGACACGGCCACCCUAGAGACAUCGAUCGACGAGGCCUAUAAGACCACAAUGGCUCGACUCAUCUCUCUGAUGAAUGGAAAGUUUAACCUCUUUGAUCAUCUGCAGGCACUAAAGCGUUACUUGCUACUAGGCCAGGGUGACUUCAUUGCUUUGCUCAUGGAGUCGCUUGCCUCGAACCUGGAUCGUCCAGCAAAUUCACAAUACCGACACACUCUGACGGCACAGCUGGAGCAUGCCAUUCGUGCCUCUAAUGCACAAUAUGAUACCCCAGAGGUGCUACGUCGCCUCGACGCUCGUAUGCUUGAGCUGAGCCACGGUGAAAUUGGAUGGGACUGCUUCACCCUGGAAUACAAGAUCGAUGCCCCCGUGGACGUGGUCAUCACUCCCUGGGCAUCUACUCAAUACUUGAAAGUCUUCAACUUCCUCUGGCGCAUCAAGCGAGUCGAAUUCGCCUUAAGCAGCACCUGGCGACGCACGAUGACCGGCGCACGCGGUGUCCUCGGUAACGUGGACGACAAAGUCGGCGCAGACUGGAAGCGAGCACGAUGUGUGAUUGCAGAAAUGAUCCACUUUGUCAACCAGCUCCAAUACUAUAUCCUCUUCGAGGUCAUCGAGUCCAGCUGGGACCAGCUCCUUACCGCCAUCCGCAAACCCGGCUGCACCUUGGACGACCUCAUCGAAGCACACACCAAAUACCUCAACUCCAUCACGCACAAGGGCCUCCUAGGCUCCGCAUCCUCCUCCCGAUAUGGCAACUCAACCUCCACCUCCGCCAAACAACCCGAAGAAAGCUUCCUCAGCCAACUCCACCAAAUCCUCAAGUUCAUGCUUGCCUACAAAGAUGCCGUAGACGGCUUGUACUCCUUCUCUGUCGCGGAAUUCACCCGCCGCCAGGAAAUCAACGCCAAGAUCGAGACUCGCACCGCUCAAGGCCACUGGGGCGUUGCAGACCGCGACCUCCUCUCCCGCCAAUCCAACAGUCGUCCCGGCACUUCCAUGGCCUCCACCCCGGACAUCCGACCGGACAGCGCAGGAGUCGACGGCGUAAGCACGCCCCUCUCCCUCUCAGGCCACGACCUCACCGCCGACGACAACAUGCUCGCCUCACUGCGCGUCCGCCUCCGCGAACUCUCCGCCGACUUCCGGUCCCGACUGAAUAUGCUUCUAGGGGAUCUGGCCUACCAGCCAGACGUGGACAUGCGAUUCCUAGGUGUCGUCAUGAACUUCAACGAUGUCUAUGAUCCCAAGCGGCGACGGGCCGCUCCAAGCGCCCGCGACAAGGAAAAGGAGAAAGAGCGAGAGCGGGAAAAGGCGAAACGGCGAGCCGCGACGUCGGCUGCCGCUACUAGUUCUGGGAAUGAGGGUCUACCGAAGGAAAUGCGUCGGGAGAGGAGGGAUACUGGGGUGAAGGAUCCUGGAAUUGCUGGCAAUGGACAUGCCGCAUAG